AUGAGGACCUGGAACAAUCAUCUUAUCAAUCAACGGUGGCUUCGAAUCACUUUGUUUUCCUGUCUUUUAGUUUCCAUAUUUCUGUUCCUCGGUACGCAGAGUGAGAUCUUCCAUUGGAGCUUCGAAAAGAUAUCCUCGCAAGACAUCGUUGGAAACAAGGGUUCCAAGUCUGUCGAAGAAAAGUUAACUUUCCUAGAUACACCACUAAUUCUGGACGGCUCGUCUGCUGAAGAACAACCGGUUGAUCUAGGGCCAUCCUCUACCGUGGAGAAACUAGCCGUUCCCACAUCAUCACCCGUCAAAGAGGAGCUACCUGUCAAGGAGAAGCCGCUUGAUGGGAAACCAUGGGAAGGAAAGCCAGUAGAUGCAACGCCCAGUACACCCGAAACAGCGCCGGAGGAGAUACCUGUAGAGGAGACAAUUGCACAAGAAAACCCAUUCGAACCCACACCACCCAUACCAACGCCACCGCCAUACGAGUUAGCAACAGAAGAAAUAAGCGAGGACGCGAAGAAGUAUGCAUACUUGAUCUUCACGACGCAAGGCCUGAAUGCAAGCGACGAUCUAGAAAAGGACAAUUACUUUAUCGCUGCGCGCAUCCUCGUGUGGCAGCUGGUGCACAAUCUGAGCACGCGAACAAAGCACGACGUGAUUGUCAUGGUUACACCCAAUUUCGACCUUCUCCACACACCGAAUGACGGAUGGCUGAAGCCCACAGUGCAUCGCUGGGACGACGUCACGACUAAAAUGCGCGCGUGGGAACUGGUGCAAUACGACAGGAUUCUCAUGCUUGACGCCGACUCGAUGCUGUUAAAGUUGCUGGAUCCAGUACUACUUGACGAUCCGGCCGUUCAUCUGCUUGCUACCAAACCCUCCAACACGACGUUGCCAUCGACCUACCUUGUUGCAUUCAAUUCCGAAGCAUGGGACUCGACCCAUUCGUUUCCUCCAACCUAUGGCACGGGCUUGAAGAAGCCAGGACAGAUGAAUGCGGGCUUCUUCAUACUCGCACCUUCACUUACUGCCUUUGAGUACUACAAGUCGCUCAUACUAGAUAUACCCUAUUCAUUUGACCCAAGAUAUCCCGAGCAAAAUCUCAUAAAUUAUGCACAUGGAUGGGACGGCCCCAUGGCGUGGCGCGAACUGGCCUACACAUGGAACAUCCGGCGUCCAAACGACCAGGAUGUUGAAAAGGGUAUGUACAGUGUGCAUGAAAAGUGGUGGGAGCAUCCAUAA